CCAGGCAGUAGCAAGAUGGCGUCCCUGGAUCGGGUGAAAGUACUGGUAUUGGGAGACUCAGGUGUUGGGAAAUCUUCACUGGUUCAUCUUCUGUGUCAGAAUCAAGUACUGGGAAAUCCGUCAUGGACUGUGGGCUGCUCAGUAGAUGUCAGAGUUCAUGACUACAAAGAAGGAACCCCAGAAGAGAAGACCUACUAUAUAGAAUUAUGGGAUGUUGGCGGCUCUGUGGGCAGUGCCAGCAGUGUGAAAAGCACCAGAGCAGUGUUCUACAACUCUGUAAAUGGUAUUAUUUUAGUACAUGACUUAACAAAUAAGAAGUCAUCCCAAAACUUGUAUCGUUGGUCAUUGGAAGCUCUCAACAGGGACUUGGUGCCAACUGGAGUAUUGGUAACAAAUGGGGAUUAUGACCGGGAACAGUUUGCUGAUAACCAGAUCCCACUGUUGGUAAUAGGGACUAAACUGGAUCAGAUUCAUGAAACCAAGCGCCAUGAAGUUUUAACCAGAACUGCUUUCCUGGCUGAGGAUUUCAAUGCAGAAGAAAUUAAUUUGGAUUGCACGAAUCCACGGUACUUAGCUGCAGGUUCUUCCAAUGCUGUCAAGCUCAGUAGGUUUUUUGAUAAGGUCAUAGAGAAGAGAUACUUUCUGAGAGAAGGUAAUCAGAUUCCUGGCUUUCCUGAUCGGAAAAGGUUUGGGGGAGGAACAUUAAAGAGCCUUCAUUACGACUGAAUCGCACUCAUCGUCUGGAAGAGUGAGCUAGCCAUGGCAGUCGUGCAUAGCCUUCUUCUUGCCGUGUUGAUGAUUAUUGUUGCAGCCUUUUCACAGAAUCAUCUUAAAAGGCCACCCUUCAGCCUCACCUUUCAAUGGAAAGCUGAAAGGAAGUGACCGUGUGGGAGGUCCAAACUUUAUCCCUGUCCUCUCUGUUCCUCACCUUUCUGUCCCUGUUUCUAGAUUAUGUAAAAGCCCUGUGGAAAUAGGAGAUGUUGUCAAAGUGAUGCAGUAAAUGAGCAGUGACAGAGUGCUGCAGAGAAAAUUUACUCUUCCCAGAACUGGAAGGUUUUUCUAGGUCUGUAAUUUUCCCCACACUCCUUGCUGGAGGCUUAAUUAAGUACUUCAGAAAUUUAUCUCUGUUGUUUGACCCUCUUGAGGGGAAAGGUUAUGUUAACCAGCCCUGGGUCAUGCAACGCAAACAGUCUUUGUCAUUUUCAAGGAAGCAAAAUGGUGUUAUUUAAUUGUGGCCCCUCUCAUCGCACACAGGGAUGCCGUAGAAUAGCAGCCCUAGUCUCCCUCUCCUAUGCUUUGCAAGUGGUUUGGUGGCUAGAAGAGGCAGACUCAGAGCUGGAGUUAAAUAUAAAUAGAUUAAUAAUACAUAGAGAAUGGCAGUACCAGAAAAGAAGAAUUCUCCGAGAGAUGGACAGCUCACUCACUAAAACCUUCACUCUAGGUUCCAGAUGUCUGCACUGUCUUAAUUGUGUUCUAUUUGGAAAUAGAUGGGGUGAGAUCUCAGAUCUGUAUGAGGGCACCAAGAGAGAAUUGCGGCCUCUUUGGUUUCUGUGGUUUGUUUUUUUUGUUUUGUUUUGUUUUGUUUUAAGGAAAGUCAUCUCCUGAAAUGCCUCUUAACUGUAGUCAGUAAACUAAGAAUUUUAUUCUCUGUGUCAACAAUGUAUUUAUGGAGAGAAGUAAAAAUAAGUUCCACAGCAACACAUUUACAUGAAUUAUGGACUAGGAUUCUUAGAUUUCAUAAUCCAACGUUUUUUGAGGGUGGUGGUGUAUAUGUGCGUAUGCAUAAUUGUUCAUCGUUACUUUUUUUACCCAUCUUUUCUGCUUGUUUAAUUCUCUCUGCCCUGGUUCUUUAAUAUAUAGACCUCGUUUCCAAAAACUGCAAUUUGCUGCCUUAUUCAACACCCAUUUUCCUGGUUUGGCUCUGCAGCAGGUCAAAAAUCACUCCUGAUUUUGUUCCAUAUUAACAAAUAAUAAGCCCACAGUUUCAACUUUGCAAUUUAAAACUAGGCAAAAAACACUAAAUUUACUUUCUCUUGCAUUUUAAUUAAAUUUCAGAAGUCCUUUGAAAAUCCAGGUAUGCUAAAAAGAGGUACUUAAAAUAAGAACAUUAGGCAGUGCUUUUAGAAAAGCAGUUGUAGGAAUUUGGAAAAGGAUUUUUAAAGCACUUUUUGUCAGCUAGAAUAUUCUCCAGUCUUUCUUCGCAUCCUCAGCCACAAGAAUUAGCCCUGAUUUUUUUCCCACAAAAGGGAGCUAUGCAGAUCAGGCUCUGUAUGUGGAGUUUGGCACAAGCCUGUUGUGACAGAGAUGUGCAGGAAGCAGGAAGUCAAUGCAUAGACAAAGACCUGAGCCAACUAAAGCUCUUUGUGUUCCUCUUUUAAGAAAUAAAUUUUUUAAAAUUAGGUUAUAAAAAAAUAAAAUACAACAACACAAGAACAAAAAUUACCAUAUAACCUUUUCCUCCUCUCCCUCUUUCUUCCUCUUUCUUGCCCUUCAUUUAAAAAAAAAAAAAAAAAUUCUCAGUUUCUUUAUUUUCUCCAUUAUGAAAAAAUAAAAGUAACCCAUCCCUGAUGGCUUCAGGGUCAGCCUUGGAAACAGAAUAGUAUUCUUCAACUCCAUUUCUUCUUGCUGUCAGGCUUGACUCCCUGGAUUGUAGUUUUCUGGGAAAAAAAAUGAUUUUUAAUCUAAGGUAAAUUUGCUGCAAAUAUUAGUAACAGCAAAACAAGGCUGCUUGCCAAAAUGAAUGUUGUUAUGUUAUUAGCCAAAGUUCUUCAAAAAGAAACAUAAUUUUUCCUAAGAUUUCCUGAGACUUGCUCAUCAGAAUUGCUUUUGGAUAAUCAACCAAUGUAAAUACUGAAAUACUUCCUUUUCAGUGUUAAUUAAAUCUUUAAUUUUCUUGAUGAAACAAGUGACUGGCAAUAGAGAAAGUUUUUUUUUUUUCCCUGUUGUGAUUUAGAUGUCUAACAAAUGUUACUUACGGUGGAGGCAACCAGAAGUGAAGGCAUAUGGUCACUCCUCUGUCCCUGAGGUGGCAGGGCCCUCUGUUGGAGUCCAACUAAAGAUUGGAUUGGCCUCUCCACAUCCAUGCUCUGAAAAGAAUUGCUGCUCUCAAAGGGGUCAGUUCAUAUCAGCUAUAUCUCCGGUUCUCAGAACUCCCUAGAAAUUGAGGCAUCCAUGGUGGAUUCUGAGUGGCUUGACACUGCUGUUUAUCUGUCCAUUCUGAAAAUGGACUGUGUGGAACUGAUGUGCUGGGCCAUCAGACUGAGAUGAAGAGCUUCUAAUUGCUGCCAUGACCAGAGCUUCUGCGUGUCCAUUUCAACAGUAUAUGCCAGAGCACCCAGCCUAGGGAGGACCUGCUAUGUGUUUUUAAUAAAUGUUGGUUUAAUUGAAAUUUUUAAA